AUUGCGGGGCGCCUGCAGGGCGCCAGCCAAACUGCGGGGACACGCGGGGCUUUCUCACUCCCACCCGGCGCUCCUAUUGGCCGCCGUCUGGGCUGCGCUCAGCCCUCGCUCUGCCCAUGUUCUCGAACCCGCAACGUCAUGCGUUCACCACUGGCUUUCUCGGUUGCAAAGUCGACAUCUGACAAUGCCAUGGAGACCUGUGCGUCUCCCCCCUGGUAAUUUGCUUCUUUUCGCCGAAACGAGUUUCAAUGGGUGCGUAUGCGUCAUGCUUCGACUGGGUGCCACUUUUCCUAUCCGCCACUUCGGUCUGGCACGUAUGCCCCCUCGCUUCGCAAUGAGGUACUUUGGUGUUGAUGCUCUCCCGCGGAUGCCGGACAGUCCCACCGUGCAGGGCUCCGGAAAGUCUCCAAAUACCCGCCUGAGGUCGACGUCUUCCUCCAGAAAUGUAUCAAUCGAUUCACCAAUCAUGUCAAAGUACACCAUGUCCAGCAUCGAGGAGUCCGUCGGUCCUUCGAAGCGUCCAGUUAGCCUUGAGUUCUUCAAGCCUGGCGGUGUCUUCCAAAAUUAUGUCUCGGCUAUUGUGCCCAACAAUCCCAUCGUAGGACUCAGCAAGAUUGGCGUUAGCCACUGGGUCGGUCUCGAUGGGGUAGUCCCUUUUGCAGACCUUGUAGCGCCAGAGGAAACAAUGGAUUUGGAUAAUGGUUGGUAUUUGGCCUUCGAGGCGGAUGAUGCGGUUGUAGCCUUGGCCCUUAGGAUCGGUGGUCCCGCGCCGAGGGAUACGGUCGAUAGAUUUGGGUCGGCCUGGAUACCCAGGGUUUAUGUAUAUGCGAUUGACUUGUGGCCCUCCCAAGGCGUUAGGUGGUAGGUUGCGCCGCGUUUUGGUUCAUGCUAACCGUAUCGAAAGGGAGGUUAGAUCUCUGUUAGAGAGUUCUGUGCAGGUCGCAGGACGCGGAUUAAAGACAGAAGUGCUGCGAAGUGCAAGA